AUGAUAGAUCUUUUUAUGCCAUUUCGUUCUUUUCUAAAGUUUGAAAAUGUAUGUACUGAUAAUAACGUGUUUCGAAUGCAUUACAAGUUGUCUGUGAUAAUUCUCCUUGUGUUUACGUUAUUGGUAACUUCGAAACAAUUCUUUGGUGAACCGAUUCAUUGUAUGGGUGACACUGAUAAAGGUCCUGGCAAGGAUGCUAUCAAUAGUUAUUGUUGGAUAUAUGGGACUUAUACAUUGAAGAGUCGAUUGGUCGGCAGAGAAGGAAAAAACAUGGCUUACGCAGGCAUCGGACCUAGCGACAUAGAAGAUGAUGACGAAAUGAGGCACACUUACUACCAAUGGGUUUGUUUCGUCUUGCUAGGACAGGCUGCUUUAUUCUACACUCCUCGGUACCUUUGGAAGAUAUGGGAAGGAGGCAGAUUGAAGGCAUUAGUAACUGAUUUAGCUAAUCCAAUGAUCACAAAAGACUGGUCGGAGUAUAGACGAGGAGAUCUGGUUGCCUAUAUGAGUUAUACAAAUCUAUACACUCACAAUAUGUACGCUUUACAUUUUGCUUUCUGUGAACUCCUCAAUUUAGUUAAUGUGAUUGGUCAAAUAUUCUUACUAGAUUUAUUCUUGGGUGGAACAUUCCGGAACUAUGGAGCAGCGGUUGCUUCAUUCACACAGCUGCCUCAACUGCCGGAGAACUUCAGGAAUUAUACAUCAGUUAAUCCAAUGGACAAAUAUUUCCCGAAGCUAACUAAAUGCUGGCUUAGAAACUACGGGCCGUCUGGUUCGAUGCAAUUAAAAGACUAUCUAUGCGUUUUGCCUCUUAAUAUUGUAAAUGAAAAGAUUUUUGUUGUCUUAUGGUUUUGGUUGAUAUUCCUCGCUUUAGUUUCCACGGUGGCUGUACUUUUCCGAAUCGUUGUGUUCUGUCUGCCACCCCUUCGAACAUUCAUGAUAAUGGGCCAGAUUAGAUAUGUUAAAAAACAGGUCAUAUCAAAAGUUGUAAAAAGAUUCAGUUUUGGCGACUGGUUCAUACUUUACUUGCUGGGCAAGAACAUGAACCCUAUUAUCUACAAGGAUUUAAUUAUCGAGUUAUCCAAGGAGUUUGAUAAUAAGGCUGUUAUGAUUUGA